AUGUUCACAUGGGAAGACGGUCAGGAGUUCCACAUCGGAGAGCCGGUUGGAUGGGCAGCCUUGGCCCUUCGUCCGGGCAUGAUCAUAGAGGUCAAGCUGGAAGAGGACGUCGCCCUUGGCAACGAAGAUCUGUGGGCUGGCUUUCUUGUGGUCGAAAGUUCGAUAGAAUUUACUGGGCUCUCGGUGCUGGCAAAGAGCCUGGGUUGCACCGAUGGCAACAUAGCCAAAGCUCUGUCCAGCUGGUUCAACCGCCGGGCUGGUUAUUUGCAUGUCUGCGCAGCCGAAGGUUGCCAAGAAGACGACUAUCAGAUGCAUGUCAGGCGCCUCCGGGUGUUCAGUGUGGACGCAUUCAAGCGCCCCUACAUGACGCCUGCAUCAGUCAAGCAGCUACGGAAGUGGCUAGAGGAGAUCAAUCUGGCGGUGGACAACGAAGGGCCAGGAGAGGAGGCAGCAGAAGAGGAGCCCCCUGGGGAGGCUGGCAAACCUGCCGGGCCUCGUCCCCGGAGGGGAGCUCUAAGGGUGCCCCAGCCGGGGAAACAGAAGGAAGGCGAAGAAGGUACUGCUGGAGGAGAUGCGUUACGGGCAGCAGACAGAGCGAGGCUGAGAGAGCGUUUGGAGAAGGCAAGAGACAGGAUGGUUGGUGCAGCUGGCUUGAAGGGCGCUGGCGGUACAGCCGGGCACCCCAUCGACUUGGACCGGGUUGUAGACGUUUCGUCAUCUCCAGGUUACUCACCCUCCGAGGCGCCGGAAGUGAAAACCGAGAAGCCCCGGAGGAGAAAGGCAGAGGAAGGAGAGAGGGCUACUCAGGCCCAUCACGGGGCCCUGGCCAUUAUGGGGGCUGGCAUCCGCCCGGCGGCCCUCGUUGCAGCCCCUACGUCCAAGUCCAAGUCGAAGAAAGUGAAGAAGAGGAGACGAGCGGAGAAGAAGGGUGCAGAGGAGGUUACAAACGCUUCUACUACAGGCAAUUUGCAGAAACAGCUGUUAGCUCGCGCCGCAGAGACUGCCCAAGAGAGGAGAGACAGACGUCAAGACCGCAAGGGGAGCAAGGACCCUGGCCGACAGCUUGCCACGAUCCUUACGAAGGUCAUGGGGAAGAAGAAGAAGAAGGAAAGCCGCAAGAAGAGAAGAAGGAAGAGAAAAAGAAGGGAAGGAGGAGAUCCGGGAGGAGGAUCGAGCGGAAGCUCGGGAGACUCAGCGACGAGCAGCUCAGGCAAAGACUACGGCGACGGCUCGGAGGAAGAGGACAGCAGUUCAUCGGACUCAGGGAAGAUGGAACCGCCAUUGAAGAAAAAGGCAAUGAAGCGCCCAGGAUCGGUGAUGAGGAUGUUGGUCGAACACGCGAAAGAAAAACUCGACCAGUCGUCCAAGGUGACCAUAGCUCACCGCGACGGGGACGACCCGACCCAAGGGGUCAGGCUGACCUCAUACUACUCAAUUGUGGUCAAGAGUCAGCUGGCAGCCGGGUGCCCCCAGCUGAGGGAACUUCACUUCCUGGCUCAUUCCCUAGACCUCUUAAGGGCGGGGGAGCUGGAUUCCCUCGGCGACCUUUUGGCUUCGCGGUUCGUCAGCUUGCAUCAAGCAGGGCUGGACGGCCACUGGGGAGCGGCGAGGCACUUGGAAGUCUUGCCGUUCGAAGACAAUUCAGCGGCAGGCCCUGCCAUUGUGUUGAGGGCAAGGAAACAUGCGAGGCUUGCCGCACAAGUAGCUGGCACAGAGCCGGGUGUGGAUGGUAGGUUGCUGGCAUCUGCCGGGCAUCCCGAAGUGGAUCACAGAGACGUUGAUACAGUCGCCCUUGAUGGAGAAGCCCCCGCAUUUUGCGGGCAGGUGCGCAGUGGGCUGGCAACAACCCCAACAAUUAGGGGCUCCAUCGAGGCCUGCACGAGCUUCAGAAGAGCUGGGUGCGUGCUUGCUUGGUGGAUGAUCGCUGGAACUUGCGUGCUGGGGCUUGAACGUUUCACAGAUGGUUUCUUUGGUUGCUGGCAGAAUUGCCGUGCACCCGAGGACGGAUCCCCCUCUUUCAGAGCCAGAGGGGUGACCUUCCCACUCCGUGAGGGAGAACUUGGGCCUUUUGUGGCUGCUAUGCAGGCUUGUAAUUUAGCUGAAGCUAUGACCGAUGACGCCAUUAGGCGCUGGUCUGUGGAUGCUUGGAUGUUUUUGGUUUUCACUGGCUUGAAUGCCUUAGCUGGAACCGUGCCACGCCCGGGCUGUGGGCGCUGGUCCCUGGCUGAGGCUCAAGCAGCAGGCUCCAUUAGGCGUGGAGUAGAAGCUCGGUGUCACAAAGACAUUGAGGACAGUCCAUGCACGGAAGAAGCGUGGCGAAAAGACAUCAGCAGUAAGGUGGUCAGCUAUGGGGGUGAAGAGGUUUCGAUAUGCCGGGAGUUAACCCUGGAUCAAGUGCUGCCGGCUUUGCCGCCGGGGGAGCAUGGGGCAUGUGUUGAUGCGUUGGAUUGGGUCACCCGAGGGAGAACACUCCCCCCCUGGUUUAGCGAAGUACUCUUGCAUGCCAAUUCUGAAGACAGACACUGGUGGCAUGUGUACCUGGACAAUUUUGCUGCAGCGGAGAGGGUAGUACCCAACAAUCCAACCAUGGCAGCGCAGAUGUGUCAUGAGGAAGCCGAGCGAGCCUGGGAACAGGCUGGUGCAUUGUCUUCAGCUAAGAAGAGAGUCAGUGGCGAGCAGGUGAUUGUGGAAUUGGGCGCUGAAGUGGAUGGAAAUCACAAGCUGCUGGGAGUUAGCAUGGAGCGGCUGCUGAAACUGAUACAAACAACACUUUGGGUCUGUGCACAGAAAUUUAUCAACAGGAAGCAUUUGCAGAUUCUAGCAGGGCGUUGGAUUUUCGCUCUCCAAUUUAGGCGACCGGCGAUGAGCGUGCUGGACUCGACAUGGAAACUUAUUGGGGGAAAAGACAAGGUGACACAACGCCUCAGAGCCGAAGUUCGGCGUGAGUUGCAGAGUCUGGUUUUCCUGGCACCGCUGCUAGGGUGCAAUUUAGCUGCUCAGGUCAGUCAAGUGGUCAUGGCCUCUGACGCUUCCGAACGUGGCGGCGCAGUUGGUAUUGCAAGAUCGCUGACUACGGCUGGCAGGGACUUCUGUGAGGUUUCCCGAUUUCUGGAUCAAGCAGGGGCCGGCGACAGAGCGCCAAUAUUAUUGAUCUCUCUUUUCAACGGGAUAGGUGGGGCUUUUCGUUGUUACGAUAUUGCUGGUAUCCUCCCCACUGCCCGCAUAGCGGUAGAAAUGGACGAAGGAGCUAACAGAGUAACACUGCGAAGGUGGCCAGGAACUGAACUGGUGAAGGAUGUGCACUUGGUCACUAGAGAGCUGGUGAAGGAGUGGAGCCGGAAAUACUUGACAGUUUUAGAAGUGCACAUAUGGUCUGGCUUCCCUUGUACAGAUCUGUCAAAAGUGAAGUUUGGGCGAGAGAAUCUACAAGGAAAGAAUAGCAAACUUUUCUACGAGAUACCACGAAUAACCAAACUGGUGAAGGAAGAAUUUGGAAGUGAAGUUUUGGUAAAAGAGGUGGUCGAGAAUGUGGCAUCAAUGGAUGAGUCUGCGGCACGGGAGAUUUCCGAAUGGCUGGGGGUGACGCCAUACCUUUUGGACCCAGUCAGCGCUGUGCCUAUGCGGCGUCCAAGGUUUUGCUGGAGCAGUGAAAGUCUGGAGGGAAUUUUUCCCGAUGUCUGGAUAGAGUCAAAGCGUUACUGGCGAGAAGUUCUUGCAGAGGCAGCUUAUCCUUCAAUGGAUCAAUGGGUGGCUGAUGGAUUCACUUGGAAAGGGGGUUCAACUGGAAGUGUUUUGCCCACUUGUUUGAAGAGCAUGGCACGCCAAUCGCCGCCACCACGGCCGGCGGGGUUGGAAAAGUGCGAUGAGAGCACCCGCAAUCGGCGAUACUAUACAGCACUCAGAAAGGUCUUGCCAUACGUGGAAAAGGCAGCAAAUGAGAACGAUUUGGACCCACAAGUUUGUCAGUGGGUUCGUUUGAUGUGGAAGCAAGGGGAACCCCUUCUGACCAUUGGAGACGGCCUCUCAUCACUGCACUUCUUCCUCCCCUGGGUCAAAAGGCGUAUCCCCCAUGCUUGGAAGCUUUUCAGUAUUUGGAGGCGUCUGGAAGCGCCAGCAAGGGCGCCACCUUUGACUAUGAGGCUAGUUCGUGGUUUAGCAGCCUAUGAGGCAAUGCUAGGCCAUCUUGAUAUGAGUGGCCUUUUGCUGCUUGGAUUUCAUUGUUUACUCCGGACGGGUGAGCUCUUAGCUUUGAAUGCAAGUGACUUGUUACUAGGGGCGAAGUCUGGAAUCUGCUCGUUGAAAUCAACAAAGUCAGGAAAACGCAAUGCUGCUACAGAAGCAAUUAGUAUCACUGAUGGUAUCACCUUAGAAACCCUACGUGCCCUAGUCAAAGCCAAAGAGCAGCUGGGUCUCUUAGCUUUACCCUUAUGGUCUGGAACUGGCGCAGCCUUUCGUAAGCGCUUUGCGUCACUUUGUGCAAUUUUUGGGCUGGAAAAAUUUUCUUUUCGACCUUACAGCCUCCGACGAGGAGGCGCAACAGAGCUGUUUCAGCGCACGCAGUCCAUGGAGGCUGCACUGAUCCGAGGCAGGUGGGAGAGCUCCCGCGUUGCCCGAAUUUACAUCAGUGAUGGCCUCAGUUUCCUGCCUAGUAUAGUGCUAGGAGAAAGAACCAAAGGAAUGUUGGAAGCUUCUUACUUUGUGGACCCAGUCACUGGGUGA